AUGAGUUUUGGAAGCAAAGAGAAAUUGAAAGGCGUAAGCUUGAGUUCAUCGGCUGAAAGCAAGAUGAACACCAACAAAGAGACGGAGAAGACACUUGCUCAAUAUGGUGUAGAUGCCGAGCUUCUUGCAGAGUUUGAGCAAUCUAGAGUUUAUGGCAAAUCAUUUGAAUACUCAAAGACUAUUCUUGAUCCUCCCAGGUUAGUUUCUGAGGAGAAAAUGAUUACAUAUUUGUCUAGAAUCCAAAGGGGUGGCUUUAUCCAACCCUUUGGUUGUCUGGUAGUAAUUGAAGAAUCCACAUUUAGAAUCAUAGGUUACAGUGAAAAUUGCUUUCAAUUGUUAGGUGAUAUUGGUUCAGAACAUUUUAUGGGUCUAAUUGGUGUUGAUGCCACAACACUGUUUACUCCCCCUUCAGGGUCUUCCCUAGUAAAAGCUGUGGCUUCUAGGGAAAUUUCACGUUUGAACCCUAUUUGGGUCCGUGCAAGGACUACAGAGAAGCCAUUUUAUGCCAUACUGCAUAGGAUUGAUGUUGGGGUUUUGAUUGAUUUGGAGCCUGCAAGGUCUAGUGGUCCUGCCUUGUCACUCUCGGGGUCAUUUCAAUCACAGAAGAUGGCUGUUAGUGCAAUUUCGAGGCUGCAAUCUUGUCGUCGGGAAGACAUUAGUUUGUUGUGUGAUACUGUUGUUGAGGAAGUUCAAAAGCUUACUGGAUAUGAAAGGGUUAUGAUUUAUAAGUUUCAUGAGGAUGAUCACGGUGAGGUUGUAUCUGAGACCAGGAGGUCUGAUUUAGAGUCUUAUUUGGGGUUGCAUUACCCUUCCAUAGAUAUCCCUCAAGCUGCUCGGUUUUUGUUCAAACAAAAUCGAGUCAGGUUGAUUUAUGAUUGCCAUGCAAAGCCGGUUAAGGUCAUUCAGAGUCGUGAACUAAAAAAACCUCUUUGCUUGGUCAACUCAACCCUUAGGUCACCACAUGACUGUCACAAACAGUACAUGGCUAACAUGGGCUCAAUUGCCUCUCUUGUGAUGGCGGUUGUAAUCAAUGAAAAGGAUACAACCAGGCUUUGGGGUUUACUAGUUUGUCAUCACACUUCACCACACCAUGUGUCUUUCCCGGUUCGCCAUGCUUGUGAGUUUGUAAUGCACACUUUUGGAAUGCAGCUUUACAUGGAGAUUCAACUGGCCUCACAAAUGGAAGAGAAGCGAAUUCUUAAAACACAAACCAUGCUGUGUGACAUGCUCCUACGCGAUGCACCAUUUGGUAUUGUGACUCAAUCCCCAAGUAUCAUGGAUCUUGUGAAGUGUGAUGGGGCUGCCUUGUAUUAUGAUGAAAACUGUUGGUUGUUAGGCAUAACCCCAACUAAAUUACAGGUGAAAGACAUAGCAGAAUGGUUACUUAGUAAUUAUAGCGACUCAACAGGUUUGACCACUGAAAGUUUGGUCGACGCUGGUUAUCCAGGUGCUACUUUGUUGGGGGAUGCAGUUUGUGGCAUGGCCUCGGCACGAAUCAACCAAAGGCAUAUCUUGUUCUGGUUCAGGUCUCACACUGCUAAGGAAAUACAAUGGGGAGGAGCCAAGCACCAUCCAACUGAUAAGGAUGAUGGAGGAAAAAUGAACCCAAGAACAUCGUUUAAGGCUUUUCUUGAAGUACUUAAAAGUAAAAGUUUGCCUUGGGAAAUAUCAGAAAUCAACGCAAUUCACUCAUUGCAACUAAUCAUGCAAGAUUUAUUCCAAGACACAGACAAUACUUGUCCAAAGACUCUAAAAGAUUUUGAGAAAAGUGACGCUCUAAUCGGAGGGUCGCAUGAAAUCAGUUCAAUAGCACUUGAAAUGGUGAGAUUAAUUGAAACAGCAGCAGUCCCAAUAUUUGGGGUUGAUUCAGACGGCCUGAUCAACGGAUGGAAUGUUAAAAUUGCUGAAUUGACAGGUCUGCCGACCAGUGAAGCUAUGGGAAAAUCCCUAGAAAAUGAAGUUGUGCAUGUGGACUCACGAGAAACUCUGACAAAUAUUCUGAGAAGAGCUUUGCAAGGUCAAGAUAACAAAAAUGUUGAGUUGAAAAUAAACCGUUUUGUGCUUCAUCAAGAAAAGGAAGUUGUAUAUCUCAUGAUCAGUUCUUGCAUAAGUAGAGACUACACAAAUGCUAUUGUUGGGGUAGGCUUUGUAGGUCAAGACAUCACUUUUGAAAAAGUGAUUGUAAAGAAAUUCAUCAAGUUGGAAGGCGAUUACAAAGCUAUCAUGCAUAGUCUUAAUCCGCUGAUUCCACCAAUAUUCGCUUCUGAUGAGAAUGCUUGCUGCUCUGAAUGGAAUGUAGCCAUGGAAAGGGUAACCGGAUGGAAAAAAGACGAGGUCAUAGGGAAAAUGCUUCUUGGUGAAAUUUUUGGAAGUUUUUGUCGAUUGAAAGGUCAAGAUGCACUAACCGAUUUUAUGAUUUUAUUGUAUCACGGAAUAAGUGGCCAAGAUUCUGAGAAGUCGCCAUUCGGAUUUUAUGAUAGAAAUGGAAAGUUUAUAGAGACUUAUAUAACAACAAACAAAAGGACAGAUGCAAGUGAAGAUAUAAUCGGUUGUUUCUGCUUCUUGCAUGUUGUGACAGAAGAUUUGAAUCAACCCUUUCAAGGACACAGGUCUAAAUGCAGACAAAGGAUCUCGAAGUCUAAGGAGUUAGCUUAUAUACUUCAAGAGAUGAAGAAUCCUUUAAAUGGUAUCCGAUUCACACACAAACUUUUGGAAAAUACAGGCAUCUCCGAAAACCAGAAACAACUUCUUGACACUAGCGAAGCUUGUGAAAGACAAAUAAUGGCGAUUAUUGAGGAUAUAGAUUUAGGAAGUAUUAACGAAGGCACUUGGAAGCUAAACAUGAAAGAAUUUCUUCUGGGAAAUAUUUUAGAUGCCGUUGUUAGUCAAGUCAUGAUGCUGAUAAAAGGAAAGGAUUUACAGAUGUUUCACGAAAUAUCCGACAAAAUCCAAACACUUUCUCUUUACGGCGAUCAAAUUAGACUUCAGAUGGUCUUGUCUGACAUUUUGCACAAUAUAGUUAGCCAUACACCGUCUCCAAACGGCUGGAUAGAAAUGAAGAUUACACCUGGUUUAAAAAUAAUACAAGAUGGGAAUGAGUUUAUCCAUUUAAAGUUCAGAAUGACACAUUCUGGUCAAGGACUUCCUUCUUCCAUUCUACACGAUAUGUUUUACGGCGAGAAUCAAUGGACUACACAGGAAGGUCUAGGGCUAUUUAUGUCAAGGAAAAUCCUUAGUAGGAUGAAUGGUGAUGUCCACUAUGUAAGAGAACAAAAUAAGUGCUAUUUCCUCAUUGACCUUGAACUAAGAACAAGAAAAGAAAGACAAAGGAAUUUGAAAACAGAGACAAGCAUGAUAAGAAGUUUGUAAUCU